GGCGCUGCUCCAAAGCUCUGAAAAACACAAACCGAUUGUUUAUUUUGUGUUUGUUUACAUUUUUAAAUUUUUUUUUUACUACAAAAAAAGAAGCGAACAACAACAUAAAAAAUGGCUUCAACUUUACUAUCGCCCAUGGUGGAUUAUUACAACGAUGAAGAAGAGCUGGACAGUGUGGAAGACGACGAUGAUCGGAGCUUCAGAGGAAGAGACUCAGAGGAAGACACAGAGGAUGCCAGCGAAACAGACCUUGCCAAACACGAUGAGGACGACUAUGUGGAAAUCAAAGAGCAGAUGUACCAAGACAAACUGGCCUCUUUGAAAAGACAGUUGCAGCAAUUACAAGAAGGAACGCUGCAGGAAUAUCAGAAGAGGAUGAAGAAACUAGACCAACAGUACAAAGAGAGGCUCCGAAACGCAGAUCUGUUUCUCCAGCUUGAGACAGAACAGGUAGAGAGGAACUACAUCAAGGAGAAGAAGGCGGCGGUGAAGGAGUUUGACGAUAAAAAGGUGGAACUGAAGGAGAACCUAAUUGCGGAGCUGGAGGAGAAGAAGAAGAUGAUCGAGAACGAGAAAUUAACAAUGGAGCUGACGGGCGACUCUAUGGAGGUAAAACCCAUCAUGACUCGGAAGCUGAGGAGACGGCCUAAUGAUCCAGUCCCCAUACCCGACAAACGAAGAAAACCAGCACCAGCUCAGCUAAAUUAUUUGCUAACAGAUGAACAGAUUAUGGAAGAUCUACGAACAUUGAAUAAGCUUAAGUCACCAAAGAGGCCAGUAUCCCCCUCGUCUCCAGAGCACGUGCCCACCGCUCCCAUGGAGAACCCAUCCCAGCGCUACGAAGCCCGCAUCGAGGAAGGGAAGCUCUACUACGACAAAAGAUGGUACCACAAGAGCCAGGCCAUCUACCUAGAGUCAAAGGACAACACAAAGAUUAGCUGUGUCAUCAGCUCAGUGGGGACCAACGAGAUUUGGGUGAGAAAGACAAGCGACAGUACGAAGAUGAGGAUCUACCUGGGACAGCUGCAGAGGGGAGCGUUUGUCAUCCGGCGACGGUCGGCUGCGUGAAACAUUACCCCGCCCUGCCCCUCCUCUCCACACAACCGCCUUCUGUUCAUUUAUCCAUCCAUCCAUCCAUCCUACCUGACCGGCGCAUCCACCAUUUCUCCCUAUUUUGGUGCAUCUCUAUUGAGUUUGACAACGUGGCCUCUUUAUUCCUCACCAUCAUCAUACUCGCUACGCCCCUUCCUCCUCUCAUCGCACACAAACACCUACAGUCUCCAGUGGCCAAGGAUAUCUGAUCGUUAUCCGUUCUCACAAAAUAAGCUCGAUUCCUGUAAAGAAAAAGUGAGUGGUGGUAUUGAAAUGACUGUGUUUCCCCCCCCCCCCCCCCCCAAGCAUUAUUUGUCACUAUGUGGCAUGUGUGUGAAGCCGGUUAGUGGAGCCUACUUCGAUUUCUCUCAUCAUACACCCUUUUUUCUACACCACACAGUCCUAUUUAGCUUCAUCAUUAAGUUAUUGUUGUUUUUUUUCUCAUGUUGACCCAUAAUAACUUGUCUCCAAUCCUUUCAAACUGUCUCACUGGUGACACGUAACAAAGAAAGCACUGGAAACCCCCCCCCCCCCCCCCCCCGCUGAUCGCAUUUGUGGUAUUAUUUCCACAAAUUUCACUGAUUAACGCCUGUGGACCCGUCUGAUGUAAUUGCACCUGCCGAGAUGAGGGAUUUGUUCAGGUUUUGGCUGAGUAUUGUUAUACCCCCCCACCCACCCCACCACCACCCACCCCAUCCACCGACUGAAAAACUUGCAGAUUUCCGUGCACCAGGAAUCAUGCCAUUCUCAAAAGAAUACGCCUUUUGCACUGUCAUCAAGAAACGGAGGCUGCUUGCUAUGCGAAUGGUUUUUUCUUAAUAAAAUGUUAAAGAGUCCUAUGUAUUAAAUCUGUACAUUGAAAAGAGGAAAAAAAAAAACAUUUUGAGGUUUUUGUUACACUUCUUUUUUUUUUU